AAGUAUAAAAAUUGAAGUGUAAAAACUGGAAAGAAAACCAUACAGUCUCCCUGCUCUGUUCUUCCAGACGUCGAGUAGAGUCUCCGUUUUCUGCUACAGAUUUUUUCAUAGGACGAAACUGUCCUUGGCAUGCCUUCAAAACCCCAAAUCCAUCCAUUUCACUUGUCCUGGUAGAUUCUACCAACAGUCAAAGAUCCUGUCCUCUCCACUCACAAAUAAAAUCUCCCCUCUCCAUGGAACCAGCUUGCUUAUAGCGCCAAAGAAGAAAGAAAAUAGAAUGGAUUUAACGGAAGGAGUUGGAGAGAGCUCUUCACCGCCGAGAAGCUUUGGUAGUGGUAGUAACCACGAUUUGCGAAACGACGUGUAUAAUCGCUUCAUAGAGAUUGGUCAUGAAGAAGCCGUUUCUAAUCCUGAGUUGUUUCGUAAACACAUCGACUCUCACUUCAAUCGCUUGCCUGCUAGUUACGGACUGGAUGUUAACAUGGAUAAAGUGGAAGACGUUUUGUUACAUCAAAAACUACUUGCUAUGGCAAAGGAUCCAGAAAGGCGUCCUGUUUACCAUAUCCGUUUCUUAGAGAAACUUUGCACUAAAACAGAGGGCAAUGGUGAACAACAGUUCAUAACCAUGACUCCUAUCCCAAGGCCAGCGUGUGAUACAGAUGAUGAAGGAGUUGUGCCAUCACAGAAGAGAAUCAAGGAUUGUACGAUUGAAUUUGAGCCUUGCUCUAAGCUCGAGGAUCUGAAUUUGGAUGUUAGAAAAAGUUCCAAGGACAUGGAAGAGAGGUAUCAUUCAGGGGAUGUUUCCAGAAGGCUAGAAGUUUCACAUGUUCCAAUUCAUGAAUUCAUAUUUUCUACUGUAGACAAGCCUAAGCUUCUUAGUCAGCUUUCUGCCUUGCUUUCUGAUAUAGGGCUUAACAUCCGCGAAGCUCAUGUGUUUUCAACUACUGAUGGCUACUCUCUGGAUGUAUUUGUGGUGGAUGGAUGGCCUAGUGAGGAUACAGAUGGCUUGUAUAAGGCUAUGGAAGAAGCAGUUGCUAGAAAUGAGGGUUCAUGGUCUGGUCCUUCACAUCCUCGUUCAUCUAUAGAUAAAGCAUCAGCAGCUGGUGCAAAACUUGGAGAUUGGGAAAUAGAUAGAAGGUUAUUGAAGAUUGGAGAAAGAAUUGCAUCUGGUUCUUGUGGAGAUUUGUACCAUGGAGUUUACUUUGGUCAAGAUGUUGCCAUUAAAAUUUUUAGAUCUGAGCAAUUAAAUGAUACUCAAGAAGAAGAGUUUGCACAAGAAGUGGCAAUUCUAAGGGAAGUCCAGCAUAGAAAUGUUGUUCGUUUUAUUGGUGCAUGCGCAAAAUCUCCGCAUUUGAGUAUAGUAACAGAGUUUAUGCCUCGAGGAAGUCUCUAUGAUUACUUGCAUAAGAACCAUAAUAUAUUGGAGCUCCCUCAAUUGCUGAAGUUUGUGAUUGAUGUUUGCAAAGGAAUGGAUUAUUUGCAUCAAAACAACAUCAUUCAUAGGGAUUUGAAGACAGCAAAUUUGCUCAUGGAUACUCAAAACGUUGUCAAGGUAGCAGAUUUUGGGGUUGCUCGGUUCCAGAAUCAAGGGGGAGUAAUGACAGCAGAGACUGGAACCUACAGAUGGAUGGCACCUGAGAUCAUAAACCAUCUGCCAUAUGAUCAGAAAGCAGAUGUAUUCAGCUUUGCUAUUGUGUUGUGGGAGCUAGUAACUGCAAAGGUUCCAUAUGAUAGCAUGACUCCACUACAAGCUGCCCUGGGAGUGAGACAGGGGCUGCGUCCUGAUCUUCCUCAGAAUGCACAUCCGAAACUAUUAGACUUGAUGCAAAGAUGUUGGGAAACAGUUCCAGACAAGCGGCCAUCCUUUUCUGAGAUAACAGUUGAACUUGAAACACUUCUGCAAGAAAGUCAAACCUGUCAGGAAUCUGCGGAAGCAAAUAACAGGAACUGACUAUUUCCGCACGCAACAUUCUAACAGGCGCGUUUUGACGAUUUGCUCAUUUGUUGUUCCUUCUCCAACAUAGUUGUGGUAAAGAUUAAAAAAAAAAACGUAGCUAUUGAGGUUUUAUUGUACAACCGAGGGAAAAUGAUUUUAGGCUAUCCGUUAGAACACAAAAGAAACUAGGACUAAGGUUUAGUUAUUCUUCUGGGUCCAAUUUUUAUAGAAGGAUUACACCUGAGUUUGUAAAGCAUUUAAGUAGCAAAAUGUGUAUACUUUCCUCCACAUAUCUGUUAGUUCUUAUUAACCAUGCUUGAUAUU